CUGGAAGUCCCUAUAAAGACCCGGAGCGAGGACUGGCGCCGGGACAGCAGAUGGAGGCGCAGCGCCCGGGCGUCGUCUGAAGGCUCGUCGGGGAGAGAAACGGAGGCAGCGAGCGAAAUUUAGCAAAUUUCCUAAACCAGACCCCGACUUCCUCUUUCGGGCGGUAUAAACGGGGAGGGAGCCGGUCAGCAGCCGCCCCAGAAGCAGGAGAGAGGGAGCGGCUGCCUGGUUCUUGCUCCGCAGGGUGAGUGUGUGGGAGAUCCCCCCCCCCAAACCCGGCCACCCCAAAGGGAAGCGGGCAGAGCUGCCUCGGAUCUGAGCGGUGCUGGCGAAGGGCUCCUGCGCGCAAGCAGAGGGCAGAGGUGGCAGUCUGCCGUGGGGGGGGGGGAGCUGGGAGAGGCGAGUUUAGCGGAGGGGCUCCCGCUGCUGCACCCCGCUCUAUGUUUGCACCUGGUGCUAUCCCCCCCCCCCCAAAAGGGACCUAUUGGGAGUGAUUUGGCUCCGGAUAGUUCGCGACGCGCUCCCUUGUCAGGCCAGGAGCUGCUGCCCCCCUACCCUAGUGAACCCCCCAAAACAGGCUGUAUCGCAAUGCGGGGGGGGGGAGCGAGCCGCUGCCCCUCCUUCCCUCCGCAGCUGGCUUUGGGUGCGUCUCACCCCCCUUAUGUCUGAUGCCUUCGGGCGUUUCUUGGGAGGAAUGGGGGCCUGCAGGGGGUGAUGAUGAUGAUGAAGAUGAAAGGAGCUGCCGGCGUGCCACAAUUGCAGGGUCCCGGGUUGCCGCCCCCCCAAAAAUCUAGUAGGCUGCCAAAGCCCCCGAGAAGACCCUGCUCUCUCCUCCUCUGCCCGCCUGCCUCCGGGUCACACGAUUCUGCUUCUGCUGCAAGAACAGACUGGGCAAUGCACCCCGGCAAAGACGACUUCUCCCCAGCCCCGCGCCCCCAUUCUCUGCCCCCUCCCCAUCUGCUCUUCGGUAAAGGGAGCGUCUCGCAGGAUCUAGGGCGCAUGGGAACAGGGGGAGCCCAGGAGGGCCCGGCUGGGUUGGGGGCUGGCAGAGGAGGGAGGGAGGGAGGGGGCAAAAGGGGAAGAAGCCGUGAAGAGAGAGAAAGGGCGGGGGAAGAAGCUCGGAGGAAGAGUGGAAGUUGUGACACUGAGGCUCAAUUCCUCGCAGCGCAGCUUAUUUGCACCUGCCAAAGGUUCCCAUCUGGCUUCUGUGGAAGGAGUCAUAAAAUGCCGCCACGCAAAAUCAAGCCUCAUACCUUCCAAAAAAUCUACACCCUGGGUCUCUAAUUCUCAGCCUGGCCGGCCUCGCGGGGUUGUCGUGGGGAUUAACGCGCCUGCCGCCGGGAGCUCCUUGAGGAGAGAAUGCGAGAGGGAUUCGAGGGCAGACUUGCACCUCCGCAGCCUGCGCUUGGCAUCCUUGGCCGCCCCUAGACGCCCUCGGGACCCCCGCCCUCUCCGCGCCCCCUUCUGGGCGACCUCUCCUGGUCUCCAGCAGCUCCGCUCACAGCUUUCCAAACAAGCCGCGCCUCGCUCCAGGAACUUGGGCUGCCCAUUUUUCUGUGCAGCCGCGAGGAUUUUCUCAAGUGCCUUUGCUUCUCCAGCCGGGGACAAUGUCUGUGAAAUCCCAGGAGCCCUUAAUGGCAGCCCCCCUCCCUCCUUCCCGCUGCACUUGACGUUUCUGAGGAGGCGCCUCCAGACGGGAGCAAAAUCGCUCUUCCUUCUUUCCUGCGCGCGAGGAUUUUCCUGCGCCGCCUCCGGCCAGCUGGUGGCUCUGGGACUUUCGGGGCGAAGCGGGGCUGGAGGGCGAGGAUGGGGGGCUUGGACUGGGAGGAAGGCGGAGCACCGGGCGUUGCCUUGGCGGGGAUGAAAACACGGUUUAAUUUGCGGGCGACAUGUCUGGUUUGCGGGCAAAAAGGCCACGCGGGUGGGGUCUCUCUUGCUGUUCAUACCUGGACAGAACUGGAAGCAAUUCUUGAGUUAUAGGAGCCCAGCGGUCCCGGAAGAAACCAGCCUUAGAUGCGGUGCCCCCUGAAGCAGCUUCAAUCAACUUCAUAUCAGAAUUUGCCAGAGAAUAAGACCGCCGAGUCCAAACGGGUUCGGGCUCCUCCAGGGUGUCGUUUUUGUCCAUCCGUUCCCCGCUCCCAAAUCCGACCCUUUGCCCAGAGCUUGACUGGCAGAACCCCCAAAAGAUGGUCAUCCGACCUCUGCUGCCUUCUAGUCUCUUCAGUUUAUGUUGUAUUUUAUCAUUCGUCCCGAAGCUUCACGAGUAAAAUUUGUAAGAUUUCCUACCCCCUGUUUGGGGGUAGAACGGUUCUCUUUGCUUUUAUUGCAAAAAAUAAAUAAAUGUAAGUUUCUUACCCAGCACCUAAAAUAGCCCAACGCUGUACAGAACAGGACCUUAACAAUGACGCCAGGAUCUUCAUCAUAAAGAACAACUGUGUUGUGUAAUUAACUCUGCAAUGACAACUAAUACAAACUGAUUGUUUAAAAACUCCUUGGCGGCUGCAGCGGGAGCUGUUCCCAAACGUUGGAACUCCCUUCCUAGGAAAGCGACGCUGGUCUAUUAAUCUGUGGCUGAUUUUACUUGUGUGACCCGCCUUGAGUUCCGGCCUGGGGAAAACAAACAAACAAACAAAUUUUAGGGCCACUUGCAUAAUCAGAGCUUUGGGCAAAUGUUCUCUCGCUCUGUAGAUGUUCGUGUGCGCAAAGGUAACCUUUUGGGGCGGGGACCAGGCUGGAGGGGGGACGGACACACUGAGUUCAGUGUCAAACUUGUGGAUAUGAGCACCGCACGUGCAUUGCGGGGGGGACGGACUAGAUGACACUGGGAUCCCCCAAUCUAGGAUUCUGUGAUUCUUCAGCUGCGAUUCCUGCAUUGUAGGGGGUUGGACUGGAUGGCCGCUGGGGGUCCCUUUCAGUUCUACAGUUCCAUGAUUUCCAAGAGGCCGGGCCUUGCCUAGGCUAGAGACACUCCCGCCUCUGGCCCUGACUCCUCUCUCCCGCCUGUCUGCCCCUCGCAGGACUCCAUGGACUCAGUGAUGGACGACCUCAGCGGCUUCUACUCGGAGUACAAUGAUUCCGACCCGGACCCCUCCGACGCGGGCCCCCUGGUGUUGGAGGAGCCCGGCCUGAGUCCCCUCCUGUGGGUGGCGCUGACCAUCUACGUGCUGGUGUUCGUGGUGGGCGUGCUGGGCAACGGCGCGGUGGUCUGGGUGGUGGGCUUCCAGAUGCGGCGCACCGUCAACACCACCUGGUUCCUCAACCUGUCCGUGGCCGACCUGCUCUGCUGCCUGGCGCUGCCCUUCCUGGCCGCGCCGCUCGUCUCCGACCACCACUGGGCGCUGGGCGACUUCGCCUGCAAGCUCUUCCCGUCGCUCAUCAUCCUCAACAUGUUCGCCAGCGUCAACCUGCUGGUCCUCAUCAGCAUGGACCGCUGCUGCCUGGUGCUGAGGCCCGUCUGGUGCCAGAACCACCGCUCGGUGCGCCUGGCCUGGGGCUCUUGCGCCCUGGCCUGGCUGCUGGCGCUGGCGCUCACGGCGCCCACCUUCUUCUCCCGCAGCAUCGUCUCGCAAUUCAAGAAGAGCCUGUGCAUCACCAACUACGCCGCUUUCCCCGGAGGUCCCCGCGUGGCCGAGGUCUCCGUGGCUUCCACGCGCUUCGCGCUGGCCUUCGCGCUCCCGCUGGUGGUCAUCUGCGUGUGCUACGGGCUGCUCCUGCGCCGGGUGCGCAGCUCCCGUUUCGGGCAGCGCUCGCAGAAGACUCUCAAGGUGGUCCUGGUGGUGGUGGUGGGCUUCUUCGUCUGCUGGGGGCCCUACCACGUGGCCGGCCUCAUCCAGGCCUCCCAGCCCCCCAAAAGCUGGCUCAGCGACUCGGUGAACCAGGCGGACCCCCUGAUCGUGUGCCUGGCCUACGUCAACAGCUGCAUCAACCCGGUCAUCUACGUCCUCGCCGGCCACGACUUCCAGAGCAAGAUGCGCCGCUCCGUCAAGGCGCUCCUGCGCAACGUCUUCAGCGAGGAGUCCGCGCUCGGACACUCCCUCGCCGACGGCCACGCGGGGACGCAAGACACGUGCGCCGCCACCACGGAGGACCGCAGCGACCCCAGCGACCGCAGCGCCAGCACCGUCGUGUGAGGAGGGGGUCACCACAAAGGAGACCCUGCUGGGGCGCUCUGUCUGCGCAACGCCACUCCUCCUACUUGCUUAGCUCUGGGAGGGGGCCAGCCCCACCCCAGCAGUCUCUGCAGGCGCCUAGACCCCUGAGACCAUUUGCACCCCCCCACACACUGGGGAACUCCCUGCCCAUUGACAUCAAGCAGGCGGCCUUUCCCGUGCUCCUUGCGGUGCCUGCGAAAAACAUUCUGCUCAGACAAGCCGACCCAGAAGCGUAGAGAGUCGAGGUGGAUUUUAACCUGUUGGAGUAUUUUAACUUUUGUAUGUUUUAAAGUCUGUUGUACAUUUUUCUCAGUUUUCUUAUCUUUUUCUUAGCUGCUUUGAGGCGUUUUUAAAAAACAACAACCAAGCCAUGCAUGCACAUUAUGAAAUAAAAUAACUGCAAUAGAUUU